CGAUCAUUCCAGGCGCGCUCAGUUAUUUAUGAGAGCACGCGCCGAUCAGCUCACAACCCAACGAGACCUGAACGCGCACACACGCUAAUAAACCAUAUACAGACGAUACUGGAUUAUAAAUGCCACUGACAGAAACUGUGUGGAAUGAAAGUAUUGGCUGGUCCAGUUCAAAUAAUAAACUCUCGUAUUCAUCAAAUAAAAUGAGAGGUGAGGAAGCAUCUGGCACUGUCCUGCACAGACUGAUCCAAGAGCAGCUUCGCUAUGGAAACCCCACAGAUGCCCACACACUCCUCGCCAUCCAGCAGCAGGCCCUGCGACGAGGAGGAUGUGUUGGAGGAGGCAUUGGAGGUGCUAGUUCUUCGCAGUCCUCAUCUGAGAGCCUCAGCCAGGAGGAGCCCUAUUCUCCUCAGCUCUCUGCCCGUCAAGAGCCCCAGGGUCAGGAGCACCAGGUGGACUACCAGCACUCUGAGAAUUACACAACAUACCCCCACCAUGGCGAGGAGCUGCCCACCUAUGAACAAGCCAAGGCACAGUCCCAGUAUCUGGCCUCCCAGUGGUGCCAGCCCCACAGGGGCUGCUCACUACAGGACAGUGUAACCAAUCAGAAGCCCUGUGAUGAAGAGGAUAGCUGGGACGCAAAGCGAGGCCAUGCACGGUCACUCAGUGAGCGGCUUCUGCAGCUUUCUUUGGAGCACAACACUGGCAAAUCUUCUGCCGUUGGCUCCUCCUACAGUUACCCCCAGAUACAGGAAUGUCAUGCAAACCAGCACUUUGCACAUAGCCAGCAAGGCUUGGAGUACAAUAAGCAGGGUCCUUAUACUGAGUACCCAUUUCCUGUACAGCCACAAGGAUUCAUGCUAAGACAAACACCAGAAUAUGAUCAAUGCUACAGACCACCACCCCCUUUCCAUUCCCAGCACAACAGAAAUGUGCCAUCUACACAGUCACCAGAAGUUUGUCAUAUACUCUCCACAUCACCCCCUGCUGGCAGGGAGGUUUCAGCUUGCAGUCACAUACAACUGGAUAUGCUCAUGAAAGAAAAUAAGAGGUUGAGACAAGAGCUGGAGGGACACUCUGAGAACUCCCUCAAAAUUCAGAAGCUGGAACAAGAGAUCCAGAGGAUCUCAGAGGCCUAUGACACUCUGAUGCAGGGCUGUGCUAAAAGAGAAGCCCUGGAGCAAGCGCUGAGAAACAAGCUGAUGAGUGAGAUCAAAAGGUUGCAGCAUUCAAACAUUCAAGCGGCAAAGGAAGUUGAAGCUGCUGACCAGAACCAGCACAUUAUUGUCAAGCUUCUUCUGCAGAAUGAAGAGCAGCAGCUGCAGUGUGCACGUCUGGAGCAGGAGGUGCAGCAUCUGCAAAGCGAAGCAGAGAAGCAGGUGCGCAGAAGUGAGGCCCUGGAGACCAUGUUGCAGUCCACACAGACACGCAGCCAGCAGCUGUGGACUGAGCUGCAACGGAAGAGUGCAUAUGUGGAGAAGGUUGAGCGUCUACAAGGGGCUUUGGCUCAACUCCAAGCAGCUUGUGAGAAGAGAGAAAGGUUGGAAAUUCGCCUGCGGACACGGCUUGAACAGGAACUGCGCAGUCUCCGGAAUCAUCAGAGACAACUUCAACCAGUCAGUGGAGCGUCCCAUAUGAGUAUGUCCACACUGCAGGAGCUUCUGCGGGAGAAAGAAGAGUGCAUCCUGUCCCUGGAGGCUGACAAGACAUGCUGGGAGCAGAAAUACUUGGAGGAGAAGACUAUGAGAGAGUUUGCCAUGGAUGCUGCCGCCACCGCUGCAGCACAGAGAGACACCACCAUCAUCAACCAUUCACCCUGCAAUUCCUCCAACAUCAGUGUCAUUGAAAAGCUCCCAUCAUCUGAGUACAGGAACCAGGAGGUAGAGAACAGGAUCCAUGCUCUAUACGCCCAGAUCCUGGAGAAGGACAAAGUGAUUGAAGUCCUAAAGAAGAGGCUGCAACAGGAGCAGGAGAAGGGAGAAUCAGGACUCCUCCGCCCAGCCACUUCUGUGCCCUCAAUCAGCACCUUACAUCCAACUGCAACAUACAAUGGCCAGGGCAAAGGGAAGAGUCAUUCAGAUGACAAGACGGCUGGUAUGUCACAUUCCACACUUGCUCUGGUUGCUGCUCCUCGACAGUCUGAGCCAGUUCUUUCAGAGAAACAAGUGACAGAUCAAGUCUCCAGCACAGAGCCUAGCCCCAAUAACAUGCCGCUACCACCUCCAGCUGUGGAUCUGUUCAAGGGUCUGGAUGAUGUGGAGGCUGAAGCAGUAGAGAUCUUCAUAUGAUGAAGAGCAAACACUUGGAAAAAUGCAUGCCAGAUGAACUGCUAUGCAAAAUACAUGCAUCUUAUCUGUAAGAAAAGAAGAUCUCAGAGAGAUGGGGACUAUAUGACAUCACUACUAUAUUGGAGUGAAGAAUUCAGCUAAAUAACAAAGCUGCUCAGAAGUCUCAAAUGAACAAGGGAGCCGAGCUUUCCUCACACAAUAAACUGAAUGGACCAUUUGUGCAGUCUGAGUGGAAAGUAAGAAUGAAAAAAAUGUUCAUUCUUAAAGGUACAUCUCCAGUGUGGCAUGUUUUGAUUUAGACGAAUGAGGCUGCAGACUACAUCACUUUGCUGCUGGUAUCUACCUUUUCAGCAUUUAUAAGAAUCCUGAACAGAAGGGGGGCACAAACUUUCAAAUUGUCAACCUUUUGGGGACUACAGAAGACUGUUUAAGACCUCCUAUCUGUCUAUUGCUUACCUCUUUCCUCUGUAAAGAAUUCACUAAUCCAUUGUCCCUCCUGUCAGCAGACCUGUGGUUACUUCACAACAUUCCAGUUCCAUUGAUUUUCUCCUUGGGGCUUAGGCCCUCGUAUGUACUUUUUCCACCCCUCCUUUAUUAAUUGUUCUAAAUAGGAACAUUUUUCUCAUGUUUUUCUAUUUAUGGCUGCAACGCCCUUCAACAAAGUCAUUCUUUUACAUUGUACACAGCAGGAGAGGCCUUAUUGCAUUUAUAGGAAUGGCAUGCUAAAUACUGCCACAUUAAUGUGAGAGUCAAAACACUUUACAGGUAUAUAGAAGACUAAAAGAACUCUGUCAGAGAGAGUUUUUGUUACUAUAUUAUCUAUUUUGUUUUUGAACAUGUAUGCUCUUAAAUGGUACCUUUGCUGGUCAAGGUGUCAGCGAAAGCAUGCUUUGAACAGCUGCAUACUGUCGUUUACAGUUACUCUGUUUCAAAGUAAAUUGUUAAUAUAUUGUGUAACAUUAUUUUGUGUUGUUGGAAUAUUAUGCCGAGGUUGGAUGCCAAAGAGCAUUUCAGUAAAGUUGUGUGUUUAAAACACACGGCCAAGGGUUUACCUCUCCUAUUUAAUCCACGAAAUAUGUGAAUGUUCUGAAACAUUUCAUGAAUUUACAAUAAAGCUAUUAAUAUAUAUAAA